AUGCUCCUGGUGAGGGCUCUGCUCCUCCUCUGGCUCCCAGGCUGUUUCACCCUGACUGACUCCCCGGAGGUGAGAAGUCCUGGAAGGGUCAGCGGCCCCAUUGGUGGCUCUCUCACUGUGCGAUGUGGCUACGACUGUGGAUGGAAGACAGACGUGAAAUGGUGGUGCAGGGGAGCCAAGUGGAAUUCCUGUAGAAUUAUGGUAAAAACCACAGGAUCAGAGGAUGAGCAGACAAGUGACCGAGUGUCCAUCAAAGACAGCCACCGAGGCUGCACAAUCACAGUGAUCAUGGACAACCUCAGAGCAGAAGAUGCAGACAUAUACUGGUGUGGGAUUGAGAAAGCAGGAACUGACCUCGGGGCCCAUGUUGUAAUGACCAUUAACAAAGACGUUUCGCCCCCGAGGGGUCCCGAGGAUGUGAGGGUGCCUGUAGGCGGAUCCCUCACGGUGACGUGUCAGUACGACCCAGGCUGGGAGAGGAACGGGAAAUGGUGGUGCCGGGGAGCGAACUGGAGAUCCAGUAAUAUCAUCGUUAGAACUCCAGGAUCAAAGAGAAACAAUGAGCAAAUGUCCAUAAGAGACAGCCCCGAAAAGCGAGCCUUCACAGUGACCAUGGAUAAUGUCACUGAGAGGGACGCAGACACGUACUGGUGUGGGAUCGCCCGAGCAGGAGAUGACUUCGGAGCCAGGGUGAGACUCGACACUUUCACAGACAUUUCCUCCCCCAAGGCGGUGAACGGCAUAGAGGGACAAUCCCUGACGGUUCAGUGUCGAUACGAGCAGCACUACAGGGCGAAUGAAAAAUCGUGGUGUCGAGGAGCUCCGUGGGGAAACUGUCAGCCCGUCGUGAGCACCGGCGACCACAAGAACAAGGGAAGGAAUGGCAAAGUGUCCAUCAGCGACUGCCCAGAUAAUGGCACAUUCAUGGUGACCAUGGAGAACCUCAGUACCUCGGACACAGACACGUACUGGUGCAGGAUUGGAGCAGAGAAAGUUGUGCUGGGGUUCCCUGUGACAGUUGACGUGUCCCGCGCAACAACAACGAUGACAACAGUGACAAAUCCAGAGAUGCAAUCAGCGACAAAUAGUUCCCAGAAAUCACAGGUCUCCCAAAACAAUUCCUCUGCAGGGUUUGAUCUGUCUAGACUCGAGUUGCUGCUGCCCCUGGUGUUUGGAGUUCUCCUGGUUGUGUUGGUGGGGGUCUCCAUUCUGGCAUGGAGAAUGGUGCGGAGGCAGAGGGAAGCAUCUGGGAAGUCAGCCACCCCCUCGCCUACGGACGAGGGCCUGGAGUUACCCACCACAGAAGUCUGCUACGCGGAUCUGAGUAUUCACCACUGGAUAAAUGACGAUACCGGCAGGACCACGGGGACCCCUGCCCCUCUGGCCCGUCCCAGAAGUGCCCACCAGUUUGUGGAAUACGCCACUUUGGGUUCUGCGAAGACAGAGGACGUUACCUGUGUUACCUAUUCCACGGUGAGGCGACCGAGGCCCGCGGAAAACCCAAUCUAUGGCAACGUGGAACUCCCCUGCUCCCCUCGGAGAAACAACAGGAAGGAAGCCAAGUAA